UGUCAAUGUCAACAUAUCAGCAGCAAAGUUUUGAAUGAUUCUGUUGUUGUCCGUGUCGGAACAUUUUUAAGGUCGCGAUUUUGCUCAUGGAGGUUUAGUAAUUUUUAUUACCCAACUUUCAUGUGGUGAGCUCUGGAUUUUUCUUCAAAAUAGAGAUAAGCGCCUUCCAGCAAUCGAUAGGAAGUUUGAUUUAUAACGUCAUAUCACUUUCGCAAGCAACGAUGAAGCGCAAUCGACAGCAACAGGAGAAUAUCGACUCCAAAACACGAAUGGAAGAGGACCGAGUUCUUCCACCGGCAUUGAAGCAACUUUUAGAGUGGGAUGUUCUUAUCACGAAACGAUUCGUUAGUUUUAUGCUGAAUUUUGUUCCUUUCCGUUCAUUACGCACUCACUGUAAAGUUUUGGAGUACUCUUGCCAUGGAAUUGCCUGGCUGUCUGGUUGGCUUGCGUUCUGCUGGAUGAUUGAUAAGCCGUCAUGGUAUCAGAUGCAAGUCAAUCUGUUUAUAGGACUCAUCACUGAUAUUGUCAUGGUGGCCCUAAUCAAAGCUGCCACAAGACGCCGUCGUCCAGCUGUCAAUGAUGAUCCAUUCUGCAUCGGACCGGACAAGUUCAGCUUCCCGUCGGGACACGUUUCCAGGGGUGUGUUCAUCGUAACCUUUCUGACCUGGUUGGAUCCAGUUAGCUUUCUUCUUUGGCCUCCAUUGCUGGCUUGGUGCGUGGCGUUGUGCCUAUCCCGUUUGCUGUUAUUCAGACACCACAUUCUGGAUGUUCUAGCGGGAAUCGCAGUGGGACUGUUUAAUGCGUUUUUAAUUUCCUUAAUUUGGUUUGAUCAGGAGAGCUGUAUUUGGCUAAUCUCAUACAUGACCGAUGAAAAGAUUUCAGGACCGGAGUAUGGAGUUUAAUUUACCAAAGAAUCGUUUUGUGCGCAUAAAGUUAUAACAUUGUAUUUGCUGCCAUCAUUUGACAUAGUAGUAAAGAGACUUAUUUUGAAA